GGAAGACUGCCAGACUCACAAUGGACAGAUUUUAUAGAACUAGAAUUAUAUAUUUUUUAAUUCCACACAGUCUUCUUGUCAAAACCUGCCACCUACAUCACCAUCAACACAACUCAACUGCCUGUUCAGUCAGAUAUCUAUGCAAAUAGCAGCUAAUGCAGUGUCGAGCUGCUAGUUUCGAGCAGAGAUGAGGAGCGGACUACAAAGCUCUGCUAACUCAGCACCUCCAUAUCUGUGGAAUUUUCCUUUAAGUCAGUUUUGAAAGAAAAAUACAAAAAAUGGCUUGUUCUUGCCUCUAAUGUGAAGAUUUGUUGCUUCUCUUUGUCUUAUAAAAUAAAAAACUUAAUAUAUUUAGCUUCAUAACUGUUCUUUGAAGAAAACAAGCAAUCUGAAGACAUCACCUUGGGCUCUGGGAACUUGGGAUGGACAUUUUUCACGGUUUCCUGACAUUUUACUGAUCAUGCAAUUCCCCGUUCCAUCAGCACAGUAUUCAACAGAUUCAUUUUCAGUGGAAAUAAUGGUCAGUUGCAGCCCAACAAAACAACUAGAAUCAACAAUUAUGAUAAGCAGCAAAUAUAUUUUGUAGAUGAGGAGUGUUUUUGUGUCUGAUCUUUCAGAAGCCAGGAAAGAGAGUCUCACGUUUGAGAAGCUCUUAAAAGCAAGAUCGACUGAAGGAGCUGGUCCUGUAGGGGAUUAUACAGCCCCUUCUCUCAGAGGAGAGCUUGGGGGCCUGUUGUUUGAGCCUUUCUGCUUUCAAAAAAGCUCCAGGUGAUGAGGGAACAACGCCAUUUAUAAUCUGAUACACCAGACAGGCGUCAAUUUACAGUUAUUUCACGAGGGGGAAACAGGGGGAGGAUGUAAUGUGGGCAUAUGUGUGCAUAACUGUAUGUGUGUGUGUGUGUGUGUGUGUGAGAGAGAGAGAGAGAGAUAGAGAGAGAUAGAAUACACUCUCUAAUAUGAAAUGAUAAAAUGAAAUCGUGUAAAAUGAAAACAUUAACUCUGCAGGACUAUCGUGGGGAAAUCAGUAACACCAGAAAGACCACAAACACACCACUGUGCACCACAGGCACGUGCACAUGUAAUAGAAAUACGAUAAUUCGUCUAUGGGGGGGGGGCAGCUUCGUGUAAUGGGACCCAGUCCAAAGGGUGAUCUAAAUAAAAAAGUCCAUUGCAUGCGAGUAGUCGCCUGGAAAUAAUUUCUCAUUGCUGAUAGGUUGUUCGGCUACACCAGCCCCACUUGCGCAUGGAUUGGCCUAGUGCUCUUUUUUCCUCCAGUUUCUCAUUGGCUUUUGGUAAUGAUAGUUCUCUGCCAUCAUUUGCCCAUGCAGUUUUCAAUGAAUAUUGUAUGCGGUCUCUGGCUUUUGGUGCUGAUCAUUUGAAUCAGCGGGUCGCGAGGAGGGAAAGGUAUCCUGGAUGAGCACGCCAGAUGAUGGAAUUUCUCCCAGAGACUGCAGCUGCUCGACCAGGACUGUCUCCCUCCGAAAUUAGAUAAGAGAGGAGGAGGAGAAGAAGAAGAAGAAGAAGAAAAAGAAGAAGAAGAAGAAGAAGAAGAAGAGAGACAGGGAGAGAUUUACAGCGGGGAAGAUGUUCUGCGCGAAGCUGAAAGAACUGAAGAUAUCCGGAGAGUGUCCAUUCUCCAGCAGCGCCAAAAAUAAUGAGCUCGGAGACUUUGAGGAGCGCUCAAGUGACGCCGCGGAUUUAUUGCCUAUUUCUAAGGACGUGCAUGGGAAAAUAGGUGAGGAUCUACCUCGACAGAAGACGAGCAGAGCUAAAGUUAACCUGCAUACACUUGGGGAGAGCAUUCGAAAAUUGGCAUGUCCCGAGUUUCAAAGACUACACACUGCCCUCCAUCGAAUGAUGAGACUAUCAGAUCACAGCAGGGACUCUGGAAGUCCAACAGUUUGCUGCACAGACGAUCAAAGUUGCAGUGAUGAUCCAGAGUCUCUGGUGGAGAUGAUGAACAUUUACUCAACCAAAACAGCAAUCCCGAUGGAAGCCUUGAAAGUCUCUCUUGGCGAGGAGCUCUUCAACAUGUGUUAUGAGGAGGAUGGACACAUUUUGAGGGUGGUGGGGGGAGCUCUCCACGACUUCCUCAACAGCUUCAAUGUCUUGUUGAAACAGAGCAGCACGCUACCCAACCCAGACAGAGGGGAUUGUGUAAACGAACCUUCGGUGCUGUGCUUAGACAAGGAUCCGGGUCUGCUUACUGUCUAUUUCUUCAACCCCCGCCCGACCACUCAGCUCUUUUUCCCUGGAGUCAUCAAAGCUGCUGCACGCCUGCUGUACCACACCACUGUGGAUGUGUUGAUGGACCCCCCCAGUGCUAAAGACAGCAUCUUGCAGUCCAGCCCGCAGCCCAGUCUUCUGUACACAGUUGUUGUUAAGGAUGCUAAAAAUCUGAGCCCCAGCCCGCUGCGGGCUACCUCAGCUGGGACCCUUCCUACAACUCUGUUCUCCACCAUUUUCCCUUUCCAUCUGAUACUUGACCAAGACUUGGUUCUGGUUCAAAUAGGACACGGGCUCAGGAAGAGACUGACCAGAAAGGAUGGACUGAGGCGAUCUGCUACCUUCCAAGAACACUUCUCUAUUGUCUCUCCCCAGAUCAAAUGUACCUUUCAAGGUAUUCUGACCAUGCUAAACACACAGUUUAUCAUUCGGAUCAAGCAUGGAGUCUCCACCACAGAUAACACAGGGAAGCUCAUGGACCUUAAAGGUCAGAUGAUCUAUGUUUCUGAGUCCAACGCCAUCUUGUUCCUGGGCUCACCGUGUGUGGACAAGCUGGAGGAGCUAACAGGCCGUGGCCUCUACCUGUCAGACAUCCCUAUCCAUAACGCACUGCGUGACGUAGUUCUGGUUGGUGAGCAGGCCAAAGCCCAGGAUGGUCUGAAGAAGCGUCUGGGGAAGGCCAAGGCAGCCUUGGAGCAUGCUCACCAAGCACUGGAGGAGGAGAAGAAGAAAACAGUAGACCUACUCUUCUCCAUCUUCCCCGGCACUGUGGCACAGCAGCUGUGGCAAGGACAAACUGUCCAGGCCAAGAAGUUUGACAGAGUUACAAUGCUCUUCUCUGACAUUGUGGGCUUCACGGCUGUUUGCUCCAUAUGUACCCCAAUGCAAGUGAUCACCAUGCUCAAUGAGUUGUACACCAGGUUUGACCACCAGUGUGGAGAGCUUGAUGUUUAUAAGGUGGAGACCAUUGGUGAUGCGUAUUGUGUAGCUGGUGGCUUACACAAGGAGAGCGAGACUCAUGCCGUCCAAAUUGCACUCAUGGCCUUAAAGAUGAUGGAGCUUUCAGACGAAGUCAUGACGCCAACUGGAGACCCAAUACAGAUGCGUAUUGGCCUCCACACUGGUUCAGUUCUGGCUGGUGUAGUUGGGGUGAAGAUGCCACGCUACUGCCUCUUUGGGAACAAUGUCACAUUGGCCAAUAAGUUUGAAUCCUGCAGUCAACCUAGAAAAAUCAAUAUCAGCCCUACAACCCACAGAUUGCUGAAGGAUCGUCCAGAGUUUAUCUUCGUUCCCAGGAGCAGACAGGAGCUUCCGGCCAACUUCCCAGAAGACAUCCCUGGUGUUUGUUACUUUUUGGAGGCGUCCUUCAAAACCUCAAAACUGGCUCUGACAUGAAUUCAAGCUGCUUCACAACCCAGAACAUGUUCAGAUAUAAAGAAAUAUAAGCGCAUUUAGUGAAUACAGUGCAAACACCUUGUAUAUUUUGGUUUGGGUUGUUUAGAUAUUGAUCAUAGUGUCAACCAGUCAAACUCUUGCAGCUGCUUAAUUACAGAGAUGUCAGUUUGCUGUCAAACAUGAGUUGUGUCUCUGUACAAUUAUCUGGUUGUACAGUUGUAGUGGAAAGAAACACUCACUUCCUUAAUUAUUCUUCCAGAAUGAGUCAUCUCUCCAAUUUGUUUUCCAAGCUCCCACCACAGACUGUCAAUGAAGGAUUCUGAAAGGAUUUUUCUUUUUUAAUAUAUCAUUUAAGAGGUUUAAAAUAUAUGAAACUUACACAACAUGUGGCCAUAAAGGGCACAAAAUAUUUAAAAAGAGUUAGCCUAUCUUGAUUGCAGAUCUGUGAAAUUUAAAUAUAUUAUCUUGCAUAAUGUAGAUAUAAUACAGAAAUGCAUUCUGGGUGUUGAUUCUCAGUGUGAUGUUUUUAAAAAAGAGUGGAUCAUUUUGUUGAGAUUGUUUUCUGUAAACAUCUGACUGGUCCAUUCACAUCUGUCCAGCCAUAGGUACCUGCUAAAGCACCUUGGCCUGUGGGGACGGCAGAAGAAUUCAAGAUUAACACUGACUUUGCUUUGUGUGUGUUUCGGUGGAGAAAAUCUCAUGAAAUCUCAAAAAGCUAAAGCAAAUGUCUGCAUUAUUCAAAGAUUUAGGAUCAAAUGAGGUGAUGUGGAGUAGAUUCAGGUGCCUUAUGGGAACUACACGGGCAGGAUCACAGAUUGUCAAACAGGUUAUUUUUUGUUAUUUUCACCAGCUUUGUUUUUCUUUACAUAUGGUUCAAUAUGAAUUUACUUGUCAAUAAUUUCUUCCAAAGGUAUGUGGUUCUAACUCAGUAUAUAUUUGUAAUAAUAUGUAACUUUUCCAUUUACUAGACAUAAAGCAUUCCAAGAUCCAAUUUUCCUAAAUAUAAGUCAUGUAUUUUUACUUUUUUCCCACAUGUUUAUACUAUAUUUAUUACAUGGGUUUCAUAGCACUCCUUUGCCAUACAGAGGGAAUACGACACAACAAGAAUACAAUGAAUGUUGUACUAUCACUCAUAAUGAUGUGCUUUAAUCUUUAUUGUAAUGUAAUCAAAGCGCAAUAAAUAUUGACAUUAACAGACAGAAGUGACUGGCUCUAUGGUGUGAAGGGUAAAGUACUCUACAAUAUUAAAGAUUUGCAGUGUUGAAUUAGGCUAUUGACACAAACUAUUUGGUAAGAUAUGUAAUGGUAUGUAAAGUAUAUCAAGUUAUGCCAAGUUAUGUUCUUUUAUUUGAGUUUAAAAUUUUGAUCUAUUUGCAUUUUUACAAAGCAAAAUUCUGAAGUGAUUGAACAAACCAUAAUGCAUUUAAAGUUUUUAACUUAGAAGUGCUACAACACUUAAUUGCUAUUUAGAUGUUAAAGCACAAUAACAAAAAUAAUGCAAUGAUAAAAUUUUAAUAUUGGUAGUGGUCAAUACUAUGCACAGAUGUUAGCUACUUGGAAUUUUGAUACUUAAACUACAUUUUGCUGAAAGUAUUUUUGCUUGAUAAAAUUUUGAAUGAAGGACUUUAACUUGUAAGAAAAAGAAGAGAACAAGUAGUUUUACACUGUGGUAUUACUGUUCUACAAAUGAUGGUGGAGUAGGCUGUAUCUUGAAAGAAUAACAAUUAACUUUUCAGAAAUUUAACAGCAACUUUCUGAAGAUAUUUAUGCUCAUUUAAAUAAAUAAAUAAU